CACGUGCGAAAGGCUGUCUUUGGUGGGAUCGAGUCCGUGGACGAGACUCUGGGCUAUUCCAACAACAAGCCACGGCCGGCAAUCGUGUGUCCGAGAACCCACACAGACAGACCACACCCAGCCUACAUCCGGGACAAGGUGUGGAUCUGCACAACCGACUGUGACAAGUUUGGAUAUCUGACCACCAAGUAUCUCUGGAUUCAAACUCCAUGCGCACCCUCUCAUUCAUCCUCAGCCUCAGUAACUACAGGUGAUGCUGCAGAACAAAGGACACAUGAUGAGUCAUCUGUGGAAUCCUCGACUGCUGCAACAUCAAUUCCUUCUGCAAGUGAUGAUUCCCUUCCUGCAUCUCCCACUCCAGAGACAAAACCACUCGGUAUCAAAGAUCUCUUCAGUGUCUGCUCUGAACUGGUGGGAGUGGCUCACAAGUGGAAGAAGGUGGGACUGGCUCUCAGACUGCACCCUGAUCUUCUCGACAGAAUCGAGGCAAAGAAAAAUGACGUCGAAGACAAUUUGUCAGACAAGCUGAAAGAAUGGUUGAAGAAGUCGUAUGACACAGAGAGUUUUGGGGAUCCGUCAUGGAAACUGCUGGUGGAUGCAGUGGCUCAUCGAGCUGGAGGCAAAGACCGUGCCCUUGCCAUGGAGAUUGCUGCCAAGUACGAUGUGCCACCUCCACAAUAGCUGAACCAACCUCACUUACAUCCAUAUUGAACAUACCGGUAUCUUCACACAUUAUUAUUGGCUGGCCAAGCGAGCCUACACAUUUUUCCUUAUUAUAUCAUAUCCAAAAGCUGUCACACUGGAGAAUGUGCAUGCUGCGUAACAUCAUGUAGAGCAGUUGUGAGGUCACACUCUAAUAGACUUACUUGUGUUA